AUGGGGCCGCCAAGUGGGAAGACCAUCAUCCCCCUGUUCAUGUACAGCAUAGCAACCACGGCCAUCGUUUAUCAGAACUAUAUUUUUGUAGCCUUCCUGUUUAAGAGGUAUAGAGCAUACGAAUGGCUGUGCAAAGGAGGGAGUGACAAAAUGGGGGGGGACUUCUUUGUGUGCAAGGAGCAGGAAAAUUGUAUUCAAUUUUUGCUAGUGUCAGGGUUAAUCAUUCAGUUCAUUUCUGGCUCUAUUGGAAGUAUACUAAUUAAUGUUUUUUCGAAGAAGAAAUAUGUGUCGCGCGUGGCCUUUGCCUUUUUGUUCGCGGGGUGGACUUUGCUGAGCGUUGCCCUUUCAUAUUCGAAGCACUACAUGGAAGGGUACUCGAAGGUUGGCACUAGUGGUGCAAGUCCUGAUAGCUUGGGGACCCACCACGACGUUUUCCAAACCAUUUCGCUCCUCUUCACCCUGGCAUUCGCCUGCUUCGGAAUCGGGUCGGACAACUCGUACCUACCCAUCAUAUACUACGUUAACGAGAACUAUCCAGUGGAACAGGGGGAAGGGACACGCAAAAGUGGCGACCCCGCAAAGGACAGUAGCGACCCUGCAAAUGAAAGUCAGCACGCGGAGAGCGCAAAUCACCCAGGGGAAAGCAAACUAGGUGCCUUAAAAAAAAUGUUGAAGAACAAAAAUUAUAUCCUCAUCAGUACCAUGUCUUCCCUGGCCGUGCUAAGUCUCUUCGUGGGAAACGUGCUGUUGGCCUUGCUUAACGCAUUCAAAGGGGAAAACAACAUCACCGUGGUGGUGUCUAUGUACAUUUUGGUGUGCAUCGUCCCCGCGUUCUUCAUUGCGAAUUUGCUCGAUGAGGGAAGGGGAAAAACUACCGACGACAACGUGGCGAUCAGCCAGCAGAUUACGCCCAACACGAAGAGCACCCAGCUGUGGGGACAGAUCGACCUGGACGCCCUGAAGAACCAAGUGAAAUCGCCAUUUUAUCAAUUCAUCGUAGUCGAGUUUUUCACCAUAACGUUCAGCAUUUGCUACUUUAUGUUUUCCCUGUUUGACAUUUACGAGCAUAGUGUAUUUGGAGACACGCUAAACGUAUACUCCCUCGUGUUACCCUCAAGCUUUAUUAUCACCUUAACAUUUGGCAUAAUAGCUGAUAUUAUAAGCAUAUACAAUUUUAUUAGCUUCAAUUUAAUUUUGGGGAUUUCAGUUUUUUCUUUAACUUGGGUCUACUACAAAACGGCGAGUGUAUUUGUUGGGUACCUGUCAUUGAUCAUUUAUUUUUUUCACCAAAGUUUUUUUGCAAACCAUAUGUACAUGUACAUGUCGACUGUAUUUCGCGAACACAAUUUUGCAGUCCUGAUUGGAAUAAUUAAUGCAUUCGCGUCUGUUGCCUUUUUCCUUUCCUUUAAAUCAUUCGAAUACAUUAAGUAUUACGGAGGGCCUGUCCACUCUCAGGUGCUUAUCCAAAUAGUUAUUCUUUCCUACGUGCUGUUGUUUCUUUUUCACAUUUUUAACAUAAAGAGGAAGGCUGCAAGUGGACAGUUCAUGACGACGAAGAGCAGCGCUUCCGAAGUGACACAAAAUAAUAUAUAA